GAAAAACCAAGAGUUACAGUUAGUGAUUUUGAUCAAAUAACCGUUUUAGGCCAAGGUGCUUAUGGCAAAGUCAUCUUAGUUCGCGAUUUAAAAACCGAUAAAUUGUUUGCACAAAAACAGUUGAAAAAGGCCUCAAUUUUAAUCGAUCGUUCAAAAAAUUUAUCAACUUUAAAUAGAACAUUUUCUGAAAAGGACAUAUUAUCAAAAAUCAAUCACCAUUUUAUUGUCAAAUUGUUUUACACUUUACAAGAUAAUAACAAUUUGUACUUUAUUUUACAAUAUGUUCCAGGAGGUGAAAUUUUUAUGCAAUUGUCUUUAAGCAACAUUUUCAACGAGAAAAUUGCUGCCUUCUAUAUUGCUGAAAUUACAAUCGCUUUAUUACAUUUGCAUAAAAUUGGCAUUGUUUACAGAGAUUUAAAACCUGAAAAUUGCUUGUUAGAUUCAAAUGGCCACAUCAUAUUAACUGACUUUGGUUUAUCAAAAUUUUCUGACAAUUGCAAUUCAAUCAUUGGAACUCCUGAAUAUAUGGCCCCAGAGAUUUUGAAAGGUGAAACUUAUUCCUACCCAGUUGAUUGGUGGAGCCUUGGUACUAUUUUAUUUGACAUGUUAACCGGUAAGCCUCCCUUUACUGGUAGUAAUAACAAAGUCAUUGUCAAGAAAAUUCUUGAAAAAAAACCAAAAAUGCCAUUUUACUUGUCUAGUUAUGCAAAGGAUAUGUUAAACAAACUUUUAAACAAAAAUCCUGAAAAAAGAUGGAACAUUGAUGAUGAUGUUGAAAAAUUUAAACUGCAUCGAUUUUUCAGAGAUAUUGACUGGAAAACUUUAUCAAAUGAAUCAAAAUACACUGAAAUUGAAGCUCCCAUUAUUCCAAUUAUAACGGACCCUGCUUUGGCCGAAAAUUUUUCUGAGGAGUUCACAAGUAUGAAGCUAAGUAAUUACGGAAAAUCACUCAGUGCCGAUCUUACUAAAAAUAAAGGAAUAACAAUCAAUUAUAAUAAAAAUAAUCAUAAUACUAGCAAUCAAGAUGAGUUAUUUCAAGGAUUUUCAUAUACUGCUAGCAAUAGCUAUAUCGAUAGGUAUAUGUGA